AUGGAGUCCGCCGAGGGUCGUUCUGAUGCGACGUUGACAGACAAUCCAACGCUCAAGGCAAAAUGGACAUCGCUAUUUCUUUUCACCUCAAGAAAACAUGUUGUUUCUCUCCUUCUGGGCUUGCUUUUCACCGUGGGAGCUGGUGUCCUUGUUCCCAUGUUGGCUCUGGUGCUUGGGAAGAUCUUUGACGCAUUCUCAAAGUUCGGAGCAGGUUCCUUAACAUCAGAGGAAUUAAUGCACGCUAUAUCUGUUCGAUGCCUAUAUCUAAUGGGGUUGGGAAUGUGCAUUUGGCUACUCCAGACAGGGCAUUUUGCAUUCUGGGUGGCCUUUGGGGAGCUCCAAGCAAAACACGCACGCGAGAAGUCUUUCGUACAGUUAAUCAAGAAGGAUAUAUCCUGGUUUGAGAUGAAACAGGAUGGCGUUUCCUCCUUUCUGCCGCGUCUCCAGACACAGAUCCGAGAUCUUCAGUUAGCGACUUCACAGCCUCUAGGUUGUGUUCUACAAAGACUCGUCACGUUUGUGACUGCGCUCACUUUGGCCCUUUGUACCUCCUGGAAGCUAACGCUAGUUUCUCUUGCCUCGAUACCUGUCUGCGCGGCAGUUGUAUCUAUUAUUUCGAAGAAAACAUCCCCGAGCGUACAGGCCUAUGAGACAGAGUUAACCCGCGCAUCAAAAUUGGCCAUCAACUGCUUCUCCAGCAUCGAUGCAGUCAAGUGUUUUAAUGGACAAAGGUUUGAGGCUGAACAAUAUUCUGCUGGCAUUCUGUCAGCUUCACGCUGGUAUAAAAAUGAAGCACUUGGCCAAGCACUCCAGAUUAGCUGCAUACGCCUAAUGAUAUUCGUAAUGUUUGUCCAAGGCUUCUGGUACGGAAGUUCCCUGGUUGGAGCUGGUGAUUUAACCCCCGCAGAUGUCUUGACAGCAUUUUGGGCAUGUCUUCAGUCUACCCAGGCAAUUGAAGAAAUUUUGCCACACAUUAUUGUUCUUGAAAAAGGGCGUGCUUCAGCUUCAGCUCUGCAACAAAUUGUGGCGAGAGUAAAUCGACCUAAGCCGGCAAUAGAUACAUCUGAGUCACUGUCGCCUCGAAUUUGUGAGGGAGAUAUACGGAUCAAAAACGUUACUUUUGCAUACCCAUCUCGCCCCGACUGCUACGUGCUGAAAAAUUCAUCGUUCUUUUUCCCAGCAGGCGAUAUAACGUUUGUGGUUGGACAAAGCGGGUCAGGGAAAAGCACGCUUGCGAAUCUUCUCAUGCGAUUCUAUCUCCCUGCAGCUGGAGAUAUUUUAAUUGACGGCACACCAAUUCAAAAGUUGAGUAUUGACUGGAUCCGGAACAACAUCACAUUAGUACAGCAGCAGAGCUUCCUAUUCAAUGAAACAAUAUUUAACAAUAUUGCUUUCGGCUCCAAAGACUAUCAAAACAUUACUGAGGACCAAAUUGUAACCAGCCUCCGUUUUGCCUCCCUCGAUGAGACGGUCCGAACCCUACCAGAUGGCCUUGAUACAGUGGUCGGUGUUGGUGGGAGUGCGUUUAGUGGCGGACAGCGCCAAAGAGUUGCGAUCGCUCGUUCACGACUCAGAGAUACCCCUAUUUUGAUCCUCGAUGAAUCGACAAGCGCGCUGGAUUUUACUAGUCGAUCUACAGUGAUGGAAGCCAUUCGAACCUGGCGAAAGAGCAAAACCACUAUUAUAAUCACGCAUGAUAUAACCCAGAUCAAAAAUCAGGACUUUAUGUAUGUGCUGCAAGGGGGCGAAGUCGUUCGAAAAGGUUACAGGCACGCUCUAGAACAAGAAGCAACAAAUACGUCCGGUUCUGCACUGUCAGUCGUGUUCGGAUUAGAGAAUGAACGAUCCCAUCGCCAGGAAGAAAAAUCCGAUAAUAUCCCAAGACAAAAUACUCAGGAGACGGGAAGCGGGGUCACUUUCGGAACAUCUUCCAAACCACUACACCCUCCGCUUAGUACAGAGAGGAGUCGAACCUUCCAAUCAUUAACCUUGUCUCCAAUUUCUCCAGGCUUUCGAAACACACUCUCUUUUCAACCAAUGGUUCAUACCGAAGAUGUAUUCAGGCCGUUAUCAUUUCGCAGCGAUUCCUCUGAACAAAUUCGUCAAUAUAAACAUCCGAUGCCAUCCGUUGCAGGUAUUGAACUGAGAGAUUUUUCUCGCGAGUGCGACGCUAAAUUCGAACUGGAUCUUAUGCUGUCUUCAUCGCGCUCUUCAGGUUUGGGUUUCACGGACAACGUGCUUCGAGAUGGUGAACUAACUGACAGACCAGGCGACGAAGAAGGUCCCCAUAGAGGGAAGCCUCCAUAUUCAUCAAUCGUGGGAAUUCUUCUCACUGUCAUUCCACGCUUAACCGUGCGCUAUAAGAUUUUACUACUUGUGGGAUUUGUAGCGGCAUUUGUCCAUGCCGCUGCCACCCCUGCUUUUGGCUUUCUAUUUGCGCAGCUUUUAGGAGCAUUUUUCCUACCCGGAAAUCGCUCACGUAUGGCCCUCCAAUGGUCAGUGGCAAUCAUUGGAGUUUCUGUCGCGAAUGCAGCUGCUUCGUUCGCUAUGCAUUUUCUUCUUGAAUGCUGCGGACAAGCUUGGGUUAACUCUCUCCGUAACGAGGCAGUGAGACGUAUCCUAUCUCAGCCAAAGGAAUGGUUUGAAAGGGAAGAGAACAAAACAUCUAAUUUGACGAUGUGUCUGGACCGCAACGCUGAGGAAAUGAAGAACUUGGUGGGGCGGUUUGCUGGGUUUCUUUUUGUUGCAGCGGUGAUAAUGAUUAUGUGUUUCGUUUGGGGAAUCGAUGUGUGUUGGAAGUUGACUCUGGUUGGGCUUGCGUGUGCUCCAGUUGUCUAUUCCAUAACAAGAACCUUCGAACAUGUGAGCGGCAUCUGGGAAAAGAGAUGUAACGAUGCCACUGAGGUGGUUGGGGAUAUUUUCUCCGAAACGUUUCUCGAUAUUAAAACCGUCCGCGCCUUGACGCUUGAGGCUCACUUCCAUAGGAAAUUGGAUGUGGUGAAUAUGAAGACCCUCCGACAGGGCUUCAAACGAGCCUGUUUUUCGGGAUUUUUCUUUGGGUUAUCCAGCUCAUCAAUCAUUUUUGUUUACACCCUUGUCUUUUAUUUCGGCGCAGUCCUUGCAUCAUCACUUGAAUAUUCAAUAAGGGACAUUCUGACGGUUUUCUCGAUCCUUCUAUUCAGCUUAGGGAACGUUAACGCCGCGUUAGAAUUUGUUCCUCAAAUAAGUUCAUCUCGGGAUACUGCUUCGAGGUUAUUGCGAUUAGCAACGCUCCCGGAAGGUAGUUCACACGAGGAUGAAGGGAAACUAAAAAUAUCCAACCCAACGCCAUUGGAGUUCGCAAAUGUGAACUUCAACUACCCAUCACGCCCUAAGAAACAGGUACUUCGAAAUCUAAAUCUCGCAAUCCCAGGAAACACAUGUACAGCAAUCGUCGGCCCCUCUGGAUCUGGGAAGUCGACCAUUGCCUCCCUUCUUACUGCUCUAUAUCCCGCCAACAAAAUGACCAUACGGUCGUCAUUGGACUAUGCCUCCAACACAAUAUCCCUCGGAGGGUAUGAUAUCCGAAAGAUCCACACUCCAACCCUCCGCUCUCUAGUUUCCAUCGUUCCUCAACAAGCCACUCUCUUCCCGUCCUCAAUCAAAGCCAACAUCAGCUACGGCCUCGACCCAGCCUCCCCGCUCAACACGAUAGAAGCCAUCCGUUGCGCCGCGCAGGCAGCCGGGAUUGACGAAUUCAGCUCCUCCCUCCCGGAAGGUUACGACACUAUAAUUGGUGAUGGGGGGCUUUCCAUGUCCGGCGGCCAAGCGCAACGCCUUGUUAUCGCGCGUGCCUUGGUGCGGCAGCCGCGUAUCCUCAUCCUCGAUGAGGCCACGUCGAAUCUAGAUGCUCAUAGCGCGGAACAGAUUCGUCGCACGGUUAAGAGCCUCAUGAUACCAGGUGCACAGCGGCUAGCUGUGAUUAUUAUCACGCACGCGGUCGAGAUGAUGGAAAUUGCGGAUAAAAUUGUGGUGGUGGAUGGGGGCCGUGUAGUUGAGGAAGGUUCAUAUAUGGACUUAAUAACGAAGCCGGGAGGGAGGCUAAGGAAGCUUGUCACACCCGAGGGGAGUGUGGAUUGA